UCUCUACAGAGAGGAGGCAAUCCGUCCGCGUAUUUUAUCGAGGCGGGGAAAGGGGUUGUCUCUAAGGGCGGUUACGAGCAGAAAUUUCGCAGAGAUGGAGUUUCUGCAGAAUCACCACACGGUGAACACCUCCGAAUCGCCGUACACCCUUGGCACAGGUUCGGUAGGAAGUAUCGAGGCCACUAUACCUUCUGGUCUCUGUACCGGAUCUUUAGGUGUUCUAACCAAUGAAGACACCUUAACAGAUAAUCAAAACGAAGAAACAUUAGGUGCUCUACAGGGCACUCUUCGUUUACAAGAUUUGCAGAACUCUGCAGAAGACAUUGGUGGCGAUCAAACUCAACAAAUUCAAAAUUCUGGACAGAAUCAAGUGGUUAGUGAGUUUGGAGCGAGUUUCUGGGUCGAUGAUAUGGCUGGUUUUCCAUUGCCGCCGCUGGAUUUGGAUCCUUUACCACCUGGUCUCUUCAGCCCAUGCUCGGGAACCUAUAAUUGGGGUUGCACCAGAGGAGAAUGCGCGCCAAGAACAAACACGAACGGGGAAGGUGUCGCAGAUGUAUUACUAUCGUUAAAACAUGCGGUAGUUCAUCCUGGAAGUCCUACUGGAGGAUACUACUCAACAGGAGGAUCGAAUCAUCAUUAUUCCCAGGAUUACACGCAAAAUCUUGGUCCACCUGUACCACCCACGCAUUAUACUUCCACGCCAGCCAUGUCUGUCAAUGUUUCCAUGAAUAUGACCAUGAACAUGAAUAUGCACUCUGGAUACGAGCAAAGCUAUUCGUCGACAUGGGGCGUGGAACCCCUGUUAAGUCCCGCCCCACAGUAUAAUCCCGUGGAGCAGCAAGCAAGGGUGAAUCAACCCCCGGCCAAUAGCCUGAUCGGCACCAGUACCCAUCCUCAUUCUCAUCCUCCAGCGCACAGCCAUUCCAGGUUGCAAUUGUCCAGUGAGCAUGCUCUGUGCAUAGGCGCCACCGGAAAUCCAGUCACAUCCGACGAUAAUGGCAGACCUAACCUUUGCAGAAUUUGCGGCAAAUCGUACGCGCGACCGAGCACCCUUAAGACGCAUCUUAGAACGCACUCUGGAGAAAAACCAUUUAGAUGUCACGCGUGUUCAAAGGCAUUCAGUCAAGCCGCGAAUUUGACUGCUCACGCAAGAACUCAUUCCGGAGAAAAACCAUUUCGAUGUCCAGUGUGCGAUCGAAGAUUUUCGCAAAGCAGUUCCGUAACCACACAUAUGAGAACGCAUUCAGGAGAACGUCCAUAUAGAUGUCGAUUCUGCAAAAAAGCAUUUUCAGAUAGCUCUACAUUAACCAAACAUCUUCGUAUUCAUUCUGGUGAGAAACCGUAUCAAUGUAAGCUGUGCUUGCUGAGGUUUAGCCAAAGCGGUAAUCUCAACAGGCAUAUGAGAGUCCAUGGCGGUUCUCUAACGUGACACAACUCAAUAUCGAUUAUCGAUAGCAAUCGCGUUCUAUUGCGAUGUUGUCGAAUACCUGUGAUUCAACUUGGUUCGAGCUUACCGGCAAAAAUGUAAAAUAAAAUAAUAUAGUCGAUACUUUAAGAGUUCUGCUUCCUGACUGACUCAAAUUUGCAAAGCGUUCGUACGAACACUUGAUUAUUUAAGGGCUUAUAUUUGGAUAUUUUUUUAAACGAUAUACAAGACAAGUAAUAAUCACAAUAUGUGUUAUAUUUGGCAUUAGGAACUCGUCAAGAAUUCAUUUUAUAUAUAUGUAUAUCAUUAUCAUCGUUGUCGUCACCAUUAUCUUUUGAAUUGAAAUCGAAAAAAAUAAAAAAUAAAAUGCGUUGGCACCGUUAUAAUUUUAGAAAAUAUUCACUUCUGAAAUUUCCUAGUUGUUUGUUCGUUUAUAUUUAUGAAUUGCUUACAAAAAGGUCAGGAUAGGUUAACAGGGAAUCGCAGAUUUAGACCUACAGCAUCCACCACAGCACCGUUGAUUAUUGUACAAAUAUUGUAUUUAUUAUAAUUAUUAUUAAUUAUAAUAUUAAUGUUGCUGUUUUCACCAUCUUCAAUUCUCAUUACGUGGCUUUUUCUUUAUCAAUUUGCUUCUUUUUGUAAUUGUAAAAUAAAGAUGUUUUGGCGCCAUUUUCAUCAA